CACUGCCGCCUGCCCCGCCCCUCGCCCCGCUGCCUCCUGGGCUCGAGCGGGACAUGGUGCUGUCUGAGCUGGCAGCGCGCCUCAACUGCGCCGAGUACAAGAACUGGGUGAAGGCGGGCCACUGCCUGCUGCUGCUGCGCGGCUGUCUGCAGGGUUUCGUCGCCCGCGAGGUGGUCGCCUUCCACCGCGGCCUGCUCGCCGCCGCCCCCAACCUGGGCCCCCGCGCCACCUGCUGCAGCGGCUCUCGGUGCAGCCCGCGCGCUCGCCAGUUUCAGCCUCAGUGUCAGGUAUGCGCAGAGUGGAAACAGGAGAUUUUGAAACACCACACCAACAGGAAUGGAGACGUCCACUGGGGAAACUGCCGACCGGGCCGGUGGCCCGUCGACGCCUGGGAGGUGGCCAAGGCCUUCAUGCCCCGAGGACUGGCAGACAAAACAGGCCCUGAGGAAUGUGAUGCCGUUGCCCUUUUAAGCCUCAUCAACUCCUGUGAUCACUUCAUGAUUGAUCGAAAGAAAGUCACAGAGGUGAUUAGAUGUCGUAAUGAGAUCAUGCAUUCUUCAGAGAUGAAAGUGUCUUCUCUGUGGCUUCGAGAUUUUCAGAUGAAGAUCCAAAAUUUUCUGAAUGAAUUCAAGAAUAUUCCAGAGAUUGUGGCAGCCUACGCCACAAUAGAACAGCUGUUGAUAUCUGACUGGGCUGUUCACAUCCCUGCAGAAGAUCAGCUAGAUGGAUGUGAAUAUGAAACAGGAGUUUACCUGAGUGAGAGCCAAGUAAAUGAAAUAGAAAUGGAAUUACUAAAGGAGAAACUUCAAGAGAUCUAUCUUCAAGCACAAGAACAAGACGUGUUGCCUGAAGAGAUCUUAAAUCGACUGGAAGUAGUGAAAGAAUUUCUGAGAAACAAUGAGGAUCUUAGAAAUGGUCUUACCGAAGAUAUACAGAAGCUAGACAGCCUCCAUCUACAGCAUCAAAAACCAAGUUCAAAGGAACCUGGGGCACAGACACCUGAAGGGAAGGCCUGAGGCUGCCCUUUGACAAAACCCAGGCAUGUUAUGUGAAGGUCGGCAUGGCUUCAAUCUCAGCCCUUCUUUUCUGUGCAAAAGGAAAAACUUAACAGAGUGCACCACCCAAACAAAAAGGAAUCUUUGUUGUCUUGUCUUGGACUUUCCUUUGACUCUUUGGGAAUAUUUUUUUUAAUAUUCGUAAGCUUGGUGUUGUGUUAUCUGUAACCCACCAAAAAAUGUUAGAUACUGUUGUACCAAAACUUGCUGUCACCCAGGGGUUUUUUUUUUGUUUUUUUUUUUUUCUUUUGUUUGUUUUGGUUUAUUGGUUUUGCGGGAAGGUUUUUGCUAUUCUUUUCUGAUCCUAAACUUAAGCUGCUUAACACAGUAAAGGCUAUUUGGCCAGCCCUGGGCGAAGGGUCACAAAGAGUUCUCUGCCAGCUGGCACACAAGCCCUAUCCCUACCCCCUUCCUAAAAAAAGUCUCGUUUACGAGGGGUGCCCAAGGGGCAGGCUGUGAUGUAAAUCCUUCCUUUUUGAAAGAAGGCAAGAAAAGAGAUUGCCCAUUUUCUAGCCAUUUCCAAUUUAGUACAGAACUGUUGCUACCUAUUUCUGGUAGCCCCGGGCACUAGGGCAAGGAGGUGGGCCCAGGAUGGUCAGUGGGGACCAGAGAACACAGUGACUUGAUUGACCAAAGCAGGCAGAAGAAGGCCCAUGCCAGUCUCACAAACGGGAAUGUCGGGGAUAGCUUCACAGUUACUGACCUGUUUAUGGUACUCCUGGGAAAAGUCAACUCCCGUGGCAAUCCCCUCUUUCCGCUCAUUAAUAUCCUGAGUGCACAGGGCCUAGGCCUCAUGUGCUCCAUGAAUAUUUGUUGACCGAAGGAUCCACAGAUGCUUAUUCAUACACAUGAAUGUUAGACCACUAACUAAACCAACCUGGUCCUUUGUUAUGAGAUUUAAGAGUGAAAUACCAACAUUCUUUUAGAAAUUCAAAGGCAUCAUUUUUCUUUCAGCAGAUUGACAGAUUCAUUUGUACUUCCUCUAUCCCCAAAAGUCAUCUACUUCUGACUUUAUCCUGUCUGUUUCCUAAACUGCAAAACCACUGUCCAGUCAUAUGCAGUGGUCCGGGGAUCAGCCUCACCCUUCCCUACCUCUGCUCCUGUUCAAAGCCAGCAGUGCCUAACUGGGCCAUGUCACCUCUGGACCUUCCGGAACAGAAUUGCCUCAUUCCCUGCUUCCUGGAGGAGAUGCUUCCACUCCAACCCCAAAUGAAGCCAUCCUCCUUUGCUUACUGAGCUGCCCAUCAAGGAUGUGACCCUGUAGGGGCACCUGGGUGGCUCAGUCAGUUAAGUGUCCGACUCUUGAUUUUGACUCAGGUCAUGAUCUUGUGGUUCGUGGGUUGGAGCCCCACACUGGGCCCCACGCUGACAACUGAUAGUGUGGAGCCUGCUUACAAUUCUCUCUCCCCCCUUCCUUGCUAGCGUAUGCUGUCUCAAAAUAAAUAAAUAAACAUUAAAAAAAAAAAAAAA